AUGGUCAUCGAUACCGGAGCAUCUGUCUCAAUUACACCUCAUGACUCAGAUUUCAUCUCUAAAGUCCGCCCUAGCCCACUCAAAUCUAUCAAUGGCCUCCAAGGAUCGUGUGAGGUUGUGGGAAGUGGAACAGUUGAAUGGACUGUUAGAGACGUCUAUGGAUCCGUGCGACGGAUCAGAACUACGGCAUACCUGGUUCCAUCUGCACAGAUUCGAUUGUUCUCGCCACAAUGCUACUUCCAAGAGACAAAGGGAGCUGGUUCCCUUUUCUUGAACCACCGCAAAGUUGUCCUCACGCUCGACGAUGAAUCGGAACUUGAGUUUCCAUUCCAAUCAAACAAUAUUCCAAUGAUGUUGGAGGCGAGUGCCCAUUGCGCUGGACUAGGCUUUGAAGAAGCCAACAUGCUCUGUAGAGACCAAGAUGUGUUAGGAAUGUUGUCAGUCGGAGCUGAAAACAAUCAAAAUCUUACCGCUGGUGAGAAAGAGAUGCUGCUUUAUCAUGCCAAGCUCGGGCAUGCUCACUUCAAAUGGAUUCAGCGUCUCCUAGCACAACCUAACGAUCCGAAUCAAGAGGCAAUCUUACCAUGUCGCCAUAAAGGAGUAAGUAACUCACAACGGACCAUCCUCUGUGCCGCUUGUGAACUUGGCAAGCAAGCGCGACGAACUCCUGAAUCACAACAUGCCUUCGAUGAUCGGGAAAUGGCUAUUCGAGAGGGAGAUCUGACACCGGGUGCCAAAGUUUCCAUCGAUAGCUACGUUUCCUAUGUACCUGGUAGAUUGCCGCACACCAAAGGAAAAGAAAAGAAGAAGAAUCAGUACUCAGGGGGUACUAUCUUUUGUGACCACGCUUCUGGUGCAAUCUUCAUCGUCAAUCAAGUUUCUCUUCGAGCAGGCGAAACUCUGAUGGCAAAGCACAAGUUCGAGCAAUGGGCAAAAGCCAACAACGUACCGGAUAUCACGAGUUAUCGAGCAGACCACACGCCCUUCAACUCUGCAACUUGGCAACAUGAUCUUGCCUUGAAGAAGCAGACAAUUGAUUUCAGCGGUGUUGGGGCUCAUCAUCAGAAUGCAGUCGCCGAACGUGCAAUUCAAACGGUUACUAAGUGGGCUCGGACCAUGCUUCUCCACCAGGUCAUUCACUGGCCUGACGAAGCGGACGUCCACUUAUGGCCCUUUGCCAUGGAACAUGCAGCAUACAUCUGGAACAACCUUCCACAUUGUGACACUCGGUUGGCACCACUGGAAAUCUUCAGCCAAUCAAGGUUCCCCAACUACAAUUCUCUACAUCGCCUUCACGUCUUUGGAUGUCCUACCUAUGUCCUCGAUCCAAAACUUCAAGAUGGAAAGAAGCUUCCUAAGUGGAAUCCUCGGUCAAGACGUGGAAUGUAUCUCGGCUAUUCGCCUGACCACUCCUCCUUGGUCGCGCGAAUCCUGAACCUUCAAACCAAACAUGUCUCACCACAAUAUCAUUUUGUGUGUGACGACCACUUCAGUACUGUCCCCAACUCAGAUGCAGGGGGUGCGGCCAAUCCUCACCAACUUGAUGCCAAUCAUUGGUUCAAUUUGGUUGAAUCCGGGUACGAGAACUUUCGUGAUACUCUUGACCGCCCUAUUGCCCCGCCACUACAAAACGAAUGGCGAACUCCAACUGAACGUGCCGUUCGACUCCAACGUCGGACCCUCAUCAACAAUCGUCGUCGUGCCUGCCUCCACCAACAAGCCAUCCAGCAUCGCCACCAAGCUCCGCUUCCAGGGGGUAAUCACGGUGGUCAUGCGCCUCCACCUCAGGAAGCUCCGAAUGUUCAAGAUAAUCGAAAUGAAGUCGCCGAUGACCCCUCAGAAGCAAUCAAAGCUGGUGACAAUGACGACGUCAAUUAUGACUUGUCAGUUCCAGAGGGAGUAGAUGAAGAUGAGAAUUUGCAACAGGAAGAAGAACCAAACGUUCCUACAGAUGUUCCUAUUCCUAUACAAGCUACAGAAGAUGACAAACAAGAAGAAGAUGAAACUCUAAAUCGAACUCUACGAAAUCUACAAGAACAAGCGCCUUCGCGAACUGGAAGACGCCGAUUCAGGCCAAGGAAGUAUGGCCUAUGUGCUCUAAAUCAAAAUGUGAGACACACCACCAUCAAUCAGGGUUUUCUCGCUUCUCUAAAGUUCAAUGAGUUUGUUGAGACACUUUGCUCCAACGAAUUUGCCAAAAUGUGGGCAUUAACCACCGACUUUGACCAGGAUUCAGAGACCUGUGAAUGGCUCCAUCCAAUGAUCCUGGCCGCCAAAGCCAAUUCCGAAGAUAAUCCAGGUUGGGAAGAAGCUAUGAACGGUCCUCUAGCCGAUGGCAGCAAUCAAGGAGAUCGAGACCCUACAGCAAAUGGAGGUCUGGGAAGUGUCCGCCUCCUCCUAAUUCUCUCCCUUGUACUGGGACUCGAAACUAAGCAAGUUGAUUACACCGCUGCCUUCACUCAUGCACCCAUAGGAGACAAGGAAGUCUUCUGUGAAAUGCCCAGAGGCUUCGCCGAAGAAGGAAAGGUAUUGAAACUCAAUAAAAGCCUCUAUGGGCUCAAGCAAUCGCCCGUUAAUUUCUUCAAUUUCAUCAAAGGGAAGCUGGAAAAUGCAGGAUUCGAAUCUCAAGAAGAAGUUGAUCCAUGUCUCUUUAUUUCAGAUAAAGUUAUCUGCCUUGUUUACGUCGACGUCACCUUGUUCUUCAGUCCUAAAGAAGAGUACAUAAACGAAGCAAUUGAGAGUCAAGGUGUUGCAGUAGAAAUCGAAGAUUCUGUUGCUGGAUUUCUUGGAGUCCAUAUCGAACGCGACGAAUCCAACAAGACAAUCAAACUUACGCAAAAAGGACUCACCGAACGGAUCAUUGAAGCCCUAAAUAUUGACCACGAACCUCAGAAGCACACUCCUGCGUUGAAAGAACCCCUUGGAAAAGCCGAGAAUGGAGAUCCUGCAAAUGGCAGUUUCUCAUAUGCAAGCGUGAUCGGAAUGGCCUUGUAUCUCUGCGGACAUUCUCGUCCGGACAUGCAAUUCGCCGUGUCUCAAUGUACGCGAUUCAUCCACGGGACUAAGCGCUCGCACGAAAAAGCGCUCAUCAGAAUUGGGCAAUAUUUGAAAUCAUCAGUAAAUGAAGGCCUAAUCUUGCGACCGACCGAUUCAUUUGACAUUGAAUGUCAUGUCGAUGCGGAUUUUGCCGGUCUUUAUUCAGUUGAAGACAUUAUGGAUCCUACAUACCUCACUGUUCGAUCGAGAGGGAGUAUUGAGGUCAAACGAAUCGCACCGCGAGUCCAAUAG